AUGCAGAGCCCAACUCCAACAGCCGAAAGGAGCCCGCAGGCCGCCAACAGCGGCAGCAAUGGCAACAGCAGCAACAGCAAUAGCAACAGCAGCAGCAACGGGGCGUGCAGCAAGCCCCUUUCUGUUUUUUCUGUCCACGGUUCAGCUCAACUCCCCUAUGCGACGUCGGGAGUUGAAUCCGGAAUGAGCAACACAGGCAAGAGAGGGCCCGAGGCUGCCCUUGAACUGAACACAGCAGAGACUACUGCAGGGGCCCCCUGGGACAUGGACAACUUAUUAGGUUUGAAGCGGGUGGGCCCCAAGGGUCCCUCACCUGGCAGUAGCAGCGCGCACCAAGCUGCAACCUCUGGUGCGGCUCAACCUGCCCAAGUUGUUGCAACCUCCGAAGCAUUGGGAUCCAAUGAGGUGGUCAUGGACACUUCCAAAGAGCUCCGUGCCUCUGCAGAUGCAACAGUGAGGUGUCUCUUCUCCGUUCUCGUUGUAGCAGUUCUGUUGAGAUGUUACGUACAAGUUGCUAGAGAGACUGUUCCUUCUUGGCUUGGCUUUGCUUUGGACUAG